AUGGAGCCCACAACAAUUGAUCUGCCUGCUAUCAAGAAAUUAUCAUGGACGUCCAAAGUGCAGUAUACGCCAACAAACGUUGUCUCGUACAACGUCUCGAUCGGUGUGAAUGGCACGGACUUGUCUCGAUGCUGGGAAGGUCACCCAAACUUCCACGUUCUACCAUGCUUCGCAUUCCUCGCGGUCGUGGAUAUGAUGGGCAAGGUGACACAUUCUAUGCCCGAAUGGCUGCCGUCCUUUCGCUCCUUCAACCACGUCCAUGGCGAGCACUACCUUGAGCAGUAUCAACCGUUCCCUACUAUCUUUCCUGGCACGACGCUCUCCUCUAUCGCUCGCAUAGUCGAUGUUGUUGAUCGUGGCAAGGGCGUUACUGUCAAGGUUGGCAUCACGACGAGUGACGCGAAGUCAAAUUCAAAGCUCUGCUACAACGAGUGGACUUCGUUCAUUCGUCAUGUACCCGGUAAAGGAGCUACUCCGUCAACGCAAACACCACCUGUUCAAAUACCCAACAAACCAGCAGAAGCCGUAUCAAGUCAUCAGACCACACACACUCAAUCAGCUUUGUAUCGAGCGGUUACAACUGAAUGGAAUCCAAUGCACAUCUCUCCUGCUCACGCCAAAGAAGGUGGAUUUCAUGCCCCUAUCUUGUCCGGUUCUUGCACAGUCGGAAUAGGCAUUCGCCAUAUCAUAGACACUUUUGCAAAUGGCGACGUUAGUCGCUUCAAAAGCGUUAGGUUGAGGUUGAGUGCUCCAGUCGUCAUCGGCGAACGUGUUCAGACAGAGAUGUGGACGGAACCAAAGAAAGGUUCAUCGAACGGUGGCGUGACAAAAGUCGUUUAUAGACAGAUUGUGGUAGCUGACGAACUGGCUGGGAGCAAGGACAGAAUCGUGAUCAAUAAUGCGGUGGUUGAGCUAUGGGACAAGUCAGAAGCUAGAAGCAAGAUUUAG